AUGGUGGAUUUCCUGGAGGAACACGUCUUUCUAAAAUUUUCUCUGUCUCGGAUCAUUCUCUCGGACAAUGGGAAGCAGUUCAUCUCGGCAGCAUUCAAGGCAUUGAUCGCGAAGCACAACAUCAUCCACAUGAAGAUGGCCUUCUACUGCCCUAUGGUAAACAAUGCCGAAAGGGUAAACAGAGUGCUAAUCACGUGCAUAAGAGCUCUUCUGGACGAGGAUCACCGAGCGUGGGAUGAAAAUCUGCAAGCCAUCGUAGCAGCAAUCAACGGAGCGAAGCAUGAGGCGACAGGCGUUAGUCCGCACUAUGCGAACUUCGGAAGGGAGCUAAUCCUGCACACUGACCUGUACGUACAACAGGACCUCAACAUCUCAGAUGACCCUAAGGUGGCGCAGGAGGUACGGCUAUCGGCAAUCCGCCGAAUCCACAACUUCAUCAUUAAGCGGAUCAAGAAUAACCACGAGCAAGCAGCGCUAUAA